AUUCCAGUGUCGUCUGCUACCGUCAAAAAGGAUUCACUGCGAUUCACUGUGAUUUUGAUUUUGAAGACGUUGAAAAUAUAUUCAAAUUACCAUCAAAGUUUAGUCAUUAAAAAUGGUAACUUGGGGUAUUUCCAGUAAAAUAGUACGAGUUCUAAGUGCCUUACGACGACCGUGUUUCGCCAAAAGCUAUGCUAAUAAUGUAAUAUCCAUUCGCUGUUUGAAUCAAACCAUUUCACAUAGGAGUUUAAAUCUCAAUCAAGUAUCAUUCGAAAAUAUAUUUGACCCGAGACUUCGAAUUUUCUUAUUAAAUAUCAAGAAAAAGUUUGAUGAAUCAGGAUUUCAAAACAUUGAAUCAAAGUCUGGAAUAGGUGUAGUAAACAAACAACGCAUCCAAUCACUUGCUGGAUUAGGGGAAAAACUAUUACAGACUGAAAAUGAUCUACAAGAGCUUAAAGCUUUGAGUGCAGAUGAUGAUAAAAAUGGUGACCUUGCAAAAAUGGUCAGUGAAGAAUUUUCACAGUUAAAGGAAAUCCUAGUCCAGAUCCAAAAUGAAGUGUUAGAACUCAUUUUGCAGGAAGAUAAUCAUCAAACUGAGGGAAUAAUCAUGGAAUUCUCUGCCGGAGUUGGUGGGCAAGAGUCCAUGUUGUUUUGCAAUGAAAUAUUACAAAUGUACAUCACAUACUGUGAAAGUGAAGGAUGGGACUAUGAAUUAACAGAUAUUGAAAAAAGUGAUUUAGAAGGUAUUAGGCAUGCUGCAAUUUGCAUUAAUAAUUCAGACGCAUAUGAUCGACUGCAGUUUGAAAGUGGAGUACACCGGGUCCAGCGGGUGCCCAAAACUGAAAAGGCCGGACGUGUUCAUACCAGUACGGUAGCCGUUGCCAUCCUUCCCCGCCCUUCGGAAGUUUCCGUGACCAUUGAACAGAAAGAUCUUAAAAUCGAAACAAAAAGAGCAAGCGGCGCAGGUGGACAACAUGUAAAUACAACUGAAUCAGCAGUGCGAAUUGUCCAUUUACCCUCAGGUGUAGUGGCGGAAUGUCAGACACAAAGAUCGCAAAUGCAGAAUCGUAAGGUUGCAAUGGAUAAAAUCAGAGCUCGUCUUUUCCAAAUGAAAAUCGACCAACAGUUGGCAACUACUCGGUCAAGUCGUAAGCUGCAGGUAGGAUCUAGCGGUCGCUCAGAAAAAAUACGGACUUACAACUUCCCGCAAGAUCGUAUCACAGACCAUCGAAUAAAUUUCACUAGUCAUAACUUAGGGGAAUUUUUACGAGGCGCAAGGCCAUUUCAUGUGCUCAUAGGAAAACUAAAGGAAGAGUCAUACAAGGAACGCGUAUUUGAAUUUUUAGAAAAAAUUAAAGUUUAAGUCCGCUGAAUGCCAAUAAAUUGUUUUACCAGUUUUGAAUACAUCAAUAUGUAUUACUAA